AUGUGCAUCGUCGGCGACCCCUCAACAGCGAAAAGUCAGCUGUUAAUUUGGGUUGAAGAGUUUUCGCCUCGGGCUGUCUUUACAUCCGGCAAAGGCUCUACUGCUGCAGGGCUUACUGCUGCAGUUGUUCGAGAUCCGGACCAAGGUGACUACGUAUUGGAGGCAGGAGCCCUGAUGUAUGCUGACCAAGGAAUCUGCUGCAUCGACGAGUUUGAUAAAAUGGACGAAAAAGACAGAGUCGCAAUUCAUGAGGCGAUGGAGCAGCAAACCAUUUCAAUAGCAAAGGCCGGAAUUCAGGCAACUUUGAACGCGCGAGCGAGUGUGCUGGCUGCCUGCAACCCUCGCUUUGGGCGGUACGACCGCAGCAAAAGUUUUGCUGCAAAUGUACAGAUCCCGCCUCCUCUUUUAUCUCGUUUUGAUUUAUUAUUUACUCUGAUUGACGAAGCAGAUGAAGCCAGAGACAGCGCCAUAUUUGAUCACCUCGCUUCUUAUCACAUGAGCCCUGAAGACGCAGCAGCAACAGCAACAGCAGCAAUUGCUGCAGAUUGCCUGACGCAAGACGAACUCCGCCUUUAUGUUGAAUGUGCACAGAAACUAAAGCCAAUCAUGACUGACGAAGCGAAGCGCCGCUUGGUGGAGGCGUACGUAGCACUUCGUCUGUUGGAUUCACAGCCGGGGGCUCAGCACAACAUGCGUAUAACAGUUAGACAGUUAGAAUCGCUGCUGCGUCUUUCGGAGGCUGUCGCAAGGCUGCACUUCAGCGACUUCGUUCUGGAGCAGCACGCGCAAGAAGCCGUAGAAAUAUUCAGGAGUUCACUGCAUCGUAUAUUACACACUGAAGACAUUCAGCUAUCUGCAGCAGCAGCAGCAGAUGGGAAGGAUGCUGGAGAGGCGGCAGCAGCAGCAGCAGAAGCAGCAGAAGCAGCAGAAGCAGCAGCAGCAGGUGGUGCUGCUGCUGAAGUGCGUAUAUCGCAUGCAGAUUAUAAACUUAUUGCUUCUCAGCUUAUAGAUUAUAUUAAACAAGCGGAGGCCGAAGCCGAUUGCUCUGCUCCUUUUCAAGGUGUAUCUUCUAGAGUUGUCAUCGAAUGGUGGUUGGAGGAGGUGCUGCAGCCGGAGGACACAGAAGAAUUAAAUGCGUGGUCGAUGAAGCUGCAGCUAAUUCUGAAUCGUCUGAUUGAGAAAGACAGAUAUAUCUUAGCUCGGCCUUCGCCCAGCGGAGACGCAGAAGAUUUGCUGCUGCGUGUACACCCGAACAUAACGGAUACAUCUUCAAUAGAAGGUGCAGCAUUUGCUUCAUUCGGCUAUAAGUCUUUCUUUCAUGAAGACACUGCAGCAGCAGCAGCAGCAGAAGAUGAAGCAGCAGAAGCAGAAGCAGGCAAGCAAGCAGCAGCUACAGAAGAAACUCAAACAGCUGCAGCAGCAACUGGUGCUGCUGCUGCUGCUCCUAAUGCUCCAGCAGCAGCAGAUGAUGAUGAUGCCGAUUUAACUACAGAGGAGUUCGAUAGGAUACAGCAGAUGCUGCAGCAAACGCAGCUAGACGAAGAUUAA